AUGACCCCAGCACCUGCCUUGGUUCACGGUGCCAAAGCGCCACCUCUAUGGUUCAAAACCUUGGGCGCACUGAUAGAUGAGCAAGCAAAUCGUUAUGAGGAUCACACAGCUGCUGUGUUUUCCUGGCAAAAUGUGCGAUUGUCAUAUCGCCAGUUAUCGGAUCGGUCGAAAGUACUGGGCAAGGCGAUGCUUGAGAUGGGUCUCCGAAAUGGUGACUGCAUUGGGAUUAUGGCAGGAAAUUGCUAUCAAUACAUCGAGGUAUUCCUAGCAGGUGGUCGUAUUGGAUGCCCAGUCGUUGUACUGAAUAACACAUACACCGCUGAGGAGCUCAGAAAUGCCGUUCAGAAGAGCUCAUGCAAACUUGUCUUUCUUGCGUCUGAGAUCGGUUCUCGAAAUCUCUCUGGACACAUUAAUAUCCUCCGUGGGUCAAGUCGAAAGAACCCCGCCCUUCCUGAUUUGCGUCGUGUUGUUUGUCUCGGGGGUAGCCAAGUCGGCGAGGCUGGAGUUGAGAUGCAAACAUACAACACUUUCACAUCGAACGGACAUUCGGUUUUUAUGAAUGACUCUGUCUUGAAGCGCGCGGAGUCUUUGGUUCGUCCUGAUGAUGUUCUUAACUUGCAAUUCACCUCCGGAACCACUGGUUCUCCCAAAGCAGCCAUGCUGACACACACAAACCUUAUCAAUAAUGCCCGGUUCGUUGGCGAUGCAAUGGCGUUGACCCAUGAAGAUGUCCUCUGCUGCCCACCACCUCUAUUUCACUGCUUCGGUCUUGUGCUAGGUUUCCUCGAUACGUAUACGCAUGGUAGUACCAUCGUAUUUCCUUCCGACUUCUUCGACGUGGGAAAAGUCGUCGACGCACUUGUUGAAGAGGAUGUCACGGUGCUCCUAGGCGUUCCGACAAUGUACAUUUCCGAGCUGGAAGUCAUGGAAAAGACAGGGCAGCGACCCCGACGUCUUCGAACCGGCCUUGCUAGUGGCUCGACGGUUUCACAAAGCUUGAUGGAUCAACUACGUGAGAAAAUGGGAGUCGAAAAAAUGCUCAUCGCCUAUGGCAUGACCGAGACCAGUCCCGUUACAUUCAUCACGUCGCUCAGCGAUCCUGAAUCAAAAGCGACCAGGACUGUCGGCAGAGUGAUCCCGCAUACUUCUGCAAAGGUCAUUGAUUCCAACGGCAAGUUGCUUGGCAGAGGUGAGCGGGGCGAGCUUUGUACGAGUGGGUUCGCUCUACAGAAAGGCUACUGGAAAAAUAAGGAAAAGACAAAGGAAUCUAUGAAAGAAGAUGAGAAUGGCGUUCUUUGGAUGCAUACCGGCGAUGAAGCCAUUCUUGAUGACGAUGGAUAUGCCCAUAUCACCGGGCGAAUCAAGGACAUCAUUAUUCGCGGUGGUGAAAACAUCUUUCCCGAGAAAUUGAAGAAAGGCUCAUGCAACAUCCUGCUGUCAGCGAGGCCAGCGCUGUGGCUAUCAAGGACGAGAGAUACGGCGAGGAACGAGGAACUGAAUAAAUGGGUGGGACAGCUGCUUGGUCGUCACAAAGCCCCUGCGUAUUGCUUCUGGCUCGGCGAUGCUGGUAUUGGCAACGACUUCCCGAAAACCGGCAGUGGCAAGAUCAAGAAGCACGUUCUUUGUGAUAUCGGGAAUAACCUGGUUCACAAUGGCCCAGUUAAAGCCAAGCUCUAG